AUGGCAGAAGAUGCAGAUACAAUCAUUGAUGUACACUAUAAUGGAGUGUUCACACCUACCCCAUUGAUGUAUUUUAAUGGAGUAAAAGCCUCUGUACCAUACACGGUUGUGAACAAGAUGAACUUCCCUGAUUUCAUCACCUUUCUUGAAAAGCUUACUAACGGAGCAGAGAUGUAUAUCAAUGAAAAGAAGAGAUUGGAUGUGUAUGUGGAUCAUCAUCAUGAACCUUUGUUUGAUUGGAUUCAGGAGGAAGAAGCAGACCUUGAAGAUGAAGAUUUGGUUUCUAUUGAUGAUGUUGACUCCCUUUUAAAAGAUGGUCUGAAAGCUGAACAUGUAGAGGACGAUGAAGUUAUAUCUCUCAAAAGAUACUUCAAUGAUCAAUUCCUCAACAAACUUUGUCCAAUACAGAAUGAUGACUUGGUUGAAGAAGAUCAUAAUGCAAUACGACCUAUCUACCCAAGACAUGAUCAUACUCAGGAAUGGAAUGAGAUGAGGCCUUGA